AUGCAACUUGGGAAAACCACACUAUUUUCGCUAGCGGACGAACUCUUCUCCAUCAACAAAGAAUCGAACGUGAACACCGAUUUGGGUUAUUCUGUGGGGGAGGACGAUCAAAACCAUUGGUACAUCCUCCGGCUGGACUUUGGCUCCGUUUGCCCUUCCAGGUUUGAAAACAAUAAUGAGGAAGAAGAAUGGGUGCAACGCUGCAAACGGCUGGACGAUGAAACCGCUUGUUGUAUCAAGAUGAAAGUCAUUGUUCUCUUGUUGAACAAUCCGCAACUCGAGCAAAACUUCCAACAAGUUUCCCUAGGGGUGGAAAUCAAGGACGAAAGCAUUGCUAAUGUGAUUCGCACUUUGGGGACUGCGGUGCAACAGGAUAAAGGGUGUCUGCUAAUUCUUGUUUACGAGUAUGACCAGCCGGUCUGUGAGGAUCUGUUGCAAUUGAUUCCGCUUCACGGGGAGAGGCUCUACGAACGAAUCCAACAACAGAUCAAGUUGUGCUUUUCGGAGUAUUUUGCAUUCUUCCGGUCGGUCAAGGUUCUACUGGAGGAGGUAUCCCAUGCCAAAAUUUGGCUCACAGGCAUCACGCCCAUUGGUAUAAGAGAAAUGAGUGGGCUCAACAUUGAAGAUUUAAUGUACCAGGCACACAUGGUGGACGCUGUUGGACUUACAGAGGUGGAUGUGGAGCGCAUGCUGCAGGAUGCCUACGCGCAUGCGCCCUUCAAGGAGGGAGAGCUGGAGCUGGCGAGCGAAGACUUCGCUCAAGCGCAACUUCAAAAACCUUCGGUUUCCACAGAGUCAGUCUCUGUAUCACGCCGGACUUGUCAAUCACAUGAUGAAUAUCUUGCUGGAUCCAACAAAGGAAACGAAAUGACGAGAAUUCUUAUCCACUGGUAA